GUCAGUGUAAAUAAACCCGAGGACCCACGAACAGAAUUAGUACAUUGUGUAAAGAGCUCAGUUUGUUAGCCUGUAAUUAGGAAAAGAGUUUGGACUAUAGAGUUAUAAAUAAUUUAAAGUGCACAUGCCAUAUUCUCGCGGUAGCCCCUGAGACAAAGCCAUACUGAAAAGAUUCUACAAUUGUUAUACAUAAUGGAGGAGAUACACGUUCAUUGCCAGAAUUGUGUGAACAGAAGAUGCAUGGUAAGACUGGAGACUGGGGUUUCGUGUGACCUCAUGGGGUGUCCUCUUGUGUGUGGGGCAGUUUUCCACUCAUGCAAAGCUGAUGAGCACCAUUUACUCUGUCCAUAUGAAAGAGUGCCUUGCCUAAAUAGUGGUUUUGGAUGCCCCUUCAUUAUUGCCAGAAUGAAAAUGGCACAGCAUCUGGGAACAUGUCCAGCCAGUGUUGUGUGCUGCACCAUGGAAUGGAACCGAUGGCCUGUUAGCUAUGCUGAUCGUAAAUCCUAUGAAAACUUAAGUAAGGAAGUUUAUGAUGUAGAACAGCUAGAUAUGGCAUUGGCCCUACAAGAUCAGCGCAUGCUACUUGAGUCUCUCAAAGUGACCACCACUGUGGCAAAGACAGUGAAUGAACAAAAUGGGGGAAAUGAGAGAUUCAACUCUAAUACUGAAGAUGCAGACUUGAAAAACGGACUACUUGAAAUGGCUGGUGAGACAUACGAUGAACUCUACAAGGCAUCAGUGGAAACCAGCAGAAAUUUGGCAGCAGCUCUGGACAUUCUCAGCAGUGCAAACAAAGGUAUUGACUUGAUCAUGGAAAACCUCAGCAGUAAGAAUGUAGAUAAAAAUGGGGCUUGUUACAGUGGUAUAAACGGGAAUCAUUGUACAAAAGAAGAUAAACUUGAGCUAAUGAGGGAAAGCGACACAGAUUCAGAGUGUGAGUUGGGAGCUGUAGGUGGAGUAGACUGUGCUUUUCCAGUAGAUUUGGAUGAAGAUGAGAGUGAAUGGAGGGAGCAAAGUGCAUUUGAGUUUUCUGAUGAAGAAGAGGAUAUAAAUGGCAGUGUGAACGUUGACAAACAUGGAUUUUUAAAUGUAGAGGAUAAUCAAAAUCCUGUUAGACUUGAAAUGCAUGUGGAGAGACCUGUGGAAAAUCUGAACAACUAUGCAGUUGUUAGGCCAAUGAUGGCUUAUCAUUCCAUGCCUUUUGUAGCACGACAACCAGAAAUGGCUUUUUCUCAUCAGUUCCCUCUAGCUCCACCCAUACCUCUGCCUGAUUUAGUGCAGAACAAUGUUUUACACCAACUCCCUGUUGAAAUUGAGGACCGGUGGCUAGAACGCAAGUUGCAGAACCUUCAAGUGCUCAGAGGUAUGAGUGUGUUUACAUGUAACGGACGCAAGGCUCUACUCUCCAGUCCUUAUUUGUUUCGUGCUAGGAUGGAAGACAAGGCAGUGGACACUUCUGACCUAGAGGUUGUGGACGAUCCAAUUGGCCUUCAUGGUAUUGACUUGAUUACUGCUGCUUUGCUUUUUUGCCUUGGUGACUCCCCAGGAGGAAGAGGCAUUUCAGACAGUCGUCUUGUGGAUGGGUAUCGAAUUGACUUUGGCACACAGACUUUUUCCUUUCCCUCUGCUGUAUUAGCUACCAGCACCAUGGUGGGUGAUAUCGCCUCAGCAUCCGCUUGUGAUCACGCCAGCCCUCAGCUGUCUAACCCCAGCCCAUUCCACACACUCAGACUGGACCUGGUGCUGGAGUGUGUUGCUCGUUACCAGACCAAGCAGCGCUCUAUGUUCACAUUUGUGUGUGGGCAGCUGUUCCGCAGGGACGAAUUCUCCUCCCAUUUUAAAAAUGUCCAUGGCGACAUCCAUGCUGGGCUCAACGGCUGGAUGGAGCACAGGUGCCCUUUGGCUUUCUAUGGUUGCACCUACUCUCAGAGGAGGUUCUGCCCAUCUGUGCAGGGUUCAAGAAUUAUUCACGACCGGUACCUGGGUUCGUUUGGUGUGCAGUCUGAAUUAUCCGAACAGCCAAUUAAAGUCCAGUGCCACGAACGCUCCCACUGUGACCCCCUCAGCAGCUUGCCUUUUGAGCUACUGCAGCAUGUCGCAAGUUUUUUGGAUGGUUUUAGUCUGUGCCAGUUAUCCCGAGUGUCUCUUACCAUGAGAGACGUUUGUGCUAGUCUGCUAAAAUCACGUGGUAUGGUGGUUUUGCUUUGGGCGAAGACAAGGCAUGCAGAUGGAUCUUUCUCGUGGCAGAUUCAUGACAAGGUAUGGAGAUUUAGCACAGCUUUUGGAACAGUGAAUGAGUGGAAAUUUGCCAACAUUUCCAGUAUGGCUGAUCACCUAAAGAACUGCAAGUUCAACACAGUGGCCCGUCGAGAGGAAGCUGUCCCCCUGCCAUGCAUGAGCCACACCAGAGAACUGAAUAAAGGUGGUCACUCAGCAUGCGCCAUGCUCAGGCCAGUCUUAUAGUCUGAGGUGAAAAGAAAAUGAAUGUUCUGCUGUAAAAGCUUUUAGCGUGAUAUGAGUGUGAAGUUUUCAUUUAACUAUACUAAGGUUGGUUGUUUUUUUUGUGUUUGUUUUUUACUCUGUAGUAUCAUACAAAUUAAAUUAAGCAGAGCCUUAAUGUAAAUAUAUACUUAUUUACAUUCAUUUUCUAAUAAAAGAUACUGGGUUUAUAUUUGUUAUUAUAUAUUCACUUGUCCUAAUGGGCAAACCAUAUUUCGAGGUCAAGUCUAAUGCCAAGACAAAUAGUAAUCAAAAUAAUUUUUUUUAGGAACGUAAUAAUGUUAACAUUUGUCCUCAGUACUAGUUUGUAUCUACAAGCAAAUAAAAAUAGGUUUGGGGUUUUAGAGAUACAGUAUGUAGCACUUGAAGUUUAAAAUUGAAUCGAAUGUCACUAAAACCUGCAAUGUUUUGAUGUCAUUAUUUAAUGGGGUUCUAAAUAUACACUAAUCUGUUACAUAAAGCAGUAUGUAUAUACACUCAGUCCAUUUUUUUUAUUAGAAACACUUGCACUUGUUUAUGCAAUUUUCUAAAAAGCAAAUUAGGUAGAAAAAGCAGAAUACACUGGACCAUGCACAUUCAAUACCAAAAUUAGACCAGUGAUUAAUUAUUUUUUUUUUUUUUUUUUUGCACAAUACUGUGAAAAGAAUUUAAAAGAUCAGAAAUAUUAAUAUAGUCAGACCAGCUUGUCUGACACCAACAACCAUGCUUUGGUCAAAGUCACUGAGAUCUCAUUUAUUCCCAACUCUCAGGUUUAAUGUGAACUUGAAUCAAUUGACCUGAAUGCAUGUGAUUUUGUGCAUUGGGCUGCUACCAAGUUUGUUGAUCGGAUAAUUUCAGGAAUUUAUAGGUGUUUCUAUUAAACUGGCCAGUGAGUGAAUUUCAAUGCAUUUUGAUGUUGAUGGACAACUGCAUUUCUGUCUUUCUUGACAAAAUGAGCUGUUAUAAUAGCCUGCCGGACAGGUCUAAAUCAUCUGCUAUUCAGUUAGCAAAAAGGUAGUUUUAUUUAUUUAUUUUUUUUUUUUGGACAAAUCACUAAACACAUGUGAACAACACAUUUCCAAGAGUUUCUCUAGUGUCUCAGGGUUUUAAAGCUGAACAGGGCGAUUAGAACAAACAGCUUAAAGAAAUGAUGUCCUAAUUGUACUUGUAUAUUUCAUGUUGAGUAUACAAGGUAAGAAGGGCUUUACAGGUACUGGAGUGUCAGUAUUAAAAAAAAAGAGCAAAAAUAAGAAAGCUGAUGAGAAUGUUUUAGUAGAAAGAAUUAGAGGUCGACUAAUAUGGGUUUUUCUCUGGUCGAUUUUUAGAAAUUAGGGCAGCUAAUGUAAGAUGACAGGGUUUUUUUUGGCCGAUUUUCUUUUUUCCCCGCUUCAUGCCAUAAAAUUGAAUUAUUAAUUAAUAAGACGCGAUACAGAAAAUUGCGUAAACAUUUAUUGAACAACACAAGACUCUCUAAUCAGUGCACUGGUUGCCAGGUUUUUGUGCUCAGGCCUACCUGUAGCCUAAACUACAGCUUUUGAAGGCCCACUAACAGUUCCAAAAAUUAUUCCUCAUUUUCUCUCCAAAAGUAUCAUAUUUUAUCAGUAAAAUAAAUAAUGCUAGAUUUAAAAUGGAUCUGGCUUUCUGAGUGUUGGUCAGCUUUAGUUUUUUUCUGCACUGUUGGCUCUGGUCAGAGGGCAUCAGUUGUUUCUCGACUGAUUCUGUCGAAUCCACCUGCUGGUAUGAGAAAGUCAUGUUCUCUCAUGCAUGCACAGAACAUAUACGCAUUUGGUGUCUCAGACACACCUGCCUAAUAAUCUGCCUAAUUUGCAGCACAAUUGGCCGGCCAAUCAAUCGGUCGACCUCUAGAAAGAAUAUUCUCACUUGCUCAAUUUUGGAUUGAGAAGGCUAAGUCUGUUGAAUUUGUUACUGAGCAGUUGAAACAUUUUUGUUUUUAGAUAUCUUUACUUUUAAGCUUCUUUUAAAUGAGAGUUGAAGUGUGCACAUUUUGUAGCAUGGUUUUAGCACACAGCUGUGAAUUAAAACAGCUUACAACAAUAAUUCAAAUUGGUUGCCAAUAGAUGUGCAUGGGUUAGCAUUGCUGCCUUAAAUUUUUUGUGUUAAAUAUUUUGCUAUGGAUAAAAUAUUUUAUAGCAUUAUAUUUCAUGUUGAUGUAAUAAACCCAAUGGGAAAUUGACUGCACUUUGCUGAUAAUUUUCUGACUCUUCAUGCAUGUGAUGCCUGAUGCUGGAAAUAUCAAUCUUUUGUCUACUUGUAGUUUUUUAUUUUUGUGUAUCAUAUAUGACAUUUUUUGGAAAUAAUUUUAAUACAUAACAAUUAAACAUAAUGUUGAUUGUAGAAUUAA